CGCAACCGAGCCGUCCUUGCCGUGACACUGACUCUACAUAAGGAACCUGAUCCCCUUUCUUUUCUACCAUCAUGAGCUCUACAACAACGUCGUACCAACGGCCUGCUGAAAGCCCCUUCAAUUCUUUAUCCGAGCUGGAUUCUGACUCUGACUGGCUUGACAUUGCCAGUGGUCGGGAAUCUGACACAGACGACUCGCUCGAUCCAGUCGAAUCCACUUCCGCCUCUCUCUCAAGGAGGUCAUCGUUCAGCAUAGGAAGCUCACGCGAUGGAGAAGUAGAUGCUUGGGAAGGACUCGUGGAAGAUAUCUCUGAAGGUACUAACUCUCUGGGCAUCAAUCAGAACCCAUCAAGCGUCCAGGCCAAUGAAGCCGAGAAUUCCGUCGAUGAGGAAGUCGAUAGUGUCGAGGAACAGCGUGUACUGGACGGUCUUGAGCAGAGCUUGAUUAGCACUUUGAGUGCAUCUCGUUCAAGCUCGCUCAGUUCCACUGUUCACAGUUCAUUGAGGGAUCUCAGACUCUCCUUCCCAGACCCUUUGACCAGUUCUUGCGAGGAAUCAAACGAUAAUCACGACAGCACUUCGCCUGUGCCUGCAGCUUCACGCCCAGUAGAGGAACCGUGCAAAGGAGAGAUCACCAUACCCAGCGCUCAAGUCACAGCCUUGGGAGAUCAGGGUGUACCCUCCACACCUUUGGUCCCUCAUGGCGAUGAACGACGAGUUACUCCUGGAUGUAAGGAUGUGUUGUCUGAUAUUAUUCUAUACGGGUCGCCGACUCCUCUCCGGUGGCAAUUUGUUGACAACCUUCUCAUGAAGGUUGCAGAGGGAGGAGGGCGUGCUCUGCCUUUCGGUGAGAGGGUAAAUGAUGAGAUUAAGCGGGUCACUCUUUGCAGCAAGAUUACUGAACACUCGGAUGUUAUUCUUGUCCAAGAUCGCACAGACGGUUUCAGCUUGCCGAGUUCGGAGCUGUCUCCGGGCCGGCCAUCCUUGGCUAUUGUCUUUUUACCUUGCAAACCGCCUGUCUAUGGUUUCCGACACACAUCCUACCUGCCUGUUGUCGCCGCGAGCGAGACCAAAGAUGUGCACGACUUGACAACUUUGUUACAAGCUCAGAUUACAUGGCCCCAAUCGCAAAUCCCAGACCAUCGGGUCAUUAGACUUCACGACAAUGAUCAACUUUUCAUCAACCAGGUUCAUGAUCUUGAUCCCUACCGCACUUAUCGUGCCUUGCGAUACCUCAUCAAGAAACCCGCCAGGCGAGGUAUGCAAGCUGUAACCAUUUUUGCGUUACUUUCUUUGAUCAUUGGCUUCUCGGUCAAUACCGUCAUGCGUAUGCACAACCGAGAAGUGGCUUCUCCGGCUGCGGUCCCAUACACUACCUCCACCAAGGCACUCGCUACCGACAGUGUCACCAACUCGACUGCCUUAGCUGUGCGCAUCACUAGCGAUCUCUUUGUCGUGCCUCCCUCUCUGAGCAUCGUACCACCCGCUCACGAACGGGGCUCUACAACACCGGAGUCAUCUACCCAGACUUCGGUCAUAACCCGUACCAAUGCGGUUUCGAUCAUUCCGAGCUCGCUUAAGGCAUUGUCGGAGAAGGCGAAGUCCUCAAAGGAUUUAAUUCUUCGUUCAGCUCCGACAACGACCGAGGUUGUAUCGCCGCGGGAAGCACCAGUUGCCUCGACAUCGGGUGCUCACUCGGAACAGGAGACCUCUGCUAUCUCUGUCAGGCUGGUUGGUUCCCUCUCAGAGAUUGUUGAAGUAACUGUCAGAGCGCUGAUAGAGGUUAUACAUCACGACCUCAACGACUUGAUAAUGGCCAUCGACGAGCUAAGGGCUGCUAUUCACCGCCAAACCCGCAUGGUUGUCGAACAAUCCAAGAGUACGGUUACAAUGGUCCGGGAGCAGUUCCAGUAUCGAAAUGAUCGGGCAAAGGGAAAAGCCAGGGAGUUGAGAGAGAAAGGCGUACGGUUCAUGUCUUAUGCUGGGGACGCAUUUGUUGGCCGGACCCGCAUCGCUCAGAAACGUGCGCAGUCCUUGAAAGAUGGUGUGGCUUCCUCUCAUAUAUGGGCGGUAUAUAGUAAGGCUCAUGGUGAGUGGUCCGAAGCUCUUGCACGGAAGGGUCGGAGGAAACUAGGACGUCGUCGUCGAGGAGUAGACGGUAUUCGUCGUACGUGCAAUUGAUUUUUAUUACCCGUUAAGUAUGAUUUCUCUCGUAUAAUUCCCACUCAAUCAAUA